AUGCCAUCCAAGAAGUCCCGCAAAAACGCAGGCAAUAGUACGCCUGACCGCGGCGCAAGUUCGUCUACAUAUCUAGCGGAAAGUCCGAACGGGUCUGCAAACGGCGAGAUGAACGGGCUACUCGAGCAUCGCCGCAAGCAUUCUUCACUGGAUGACCCCUCUUCGGCAUCACAGGCACAACAUCUCAUGGGACGAGACACAUUUUCUUUAGACGAUGAUAUACCGGAGGAGAAGAAGAAGGGUGAGGGCGAGGCCAUAGGGUUCUUUGAUAUGCCCAUGCAGGACAGGAGAAACUUCCUACUGUUGGUGGGGUUGUACUUUUUACAGGGAAUACCCAUGGGUUUAGCUAUGGGAUCUGUGCCGUUCCUGCUGAAGCCAUUCGUUGGCUACAGUGAGAUUGGUAUCUUCUCGCUAGCAUCAUAUCCAUAUUCACUCAAGCUUCUAUGGAGUCCCCUCGUCGACGCGAUAUGGAGCCCCAAAGUCGGUCGCAGGAAGAGCUGGAUCCUCCCUAUCCAGACUCUAUCCGGCUUUGGAAUGCUGUACCUCUCCACGCGCGUCUCAAGUCUCAUGAAGGAUGCCGGUACCUCCUCCAGUGGUGUUUGGGAAUUCACUUGGUGGUGGUUCUCCCUGGUGUUCAUGUGCGCGACUCAAGACAUUGCCGUUGACGGCUGGGCCUUAACCCUCCUUUCCCCUGAAAAUCUCUCCUACGCCUCCACUGCCCAAACCGUCGGCCUGACCGCCGGGCAGUUCCUCUCAUACACCGUAUUUCUCGCCUUCAACUCCAAAGACUUUGCAAACAAAUGGUUCCGCCCCGCCGACGCGCCCCUGGACGAGGGUCUCCUCACGCUGCCCAGCUAUCUAUGGUUCUGGGGCUGGGCAUACCUGGUCGCAACUAUCGGUCUCGCACUACUCAAGCGCGAAGACCGCGCGCGCAAUCUGGAGGGUGUGUGGGACGUGUACAAGGUCAUGGGCGGCAUUCUCAAGCUGCGCAACAUCCAACUCUUCAUCGUGGUGCACCUCAUCGCCAAGAUUGGAUUCCAGGCCAACGACGGCGUCACGAACCUCAAACUCCUCGACAAGGGAUUCAGCCAAGAAGACCUCGCGCUGACUGUACUCAUCGACUUCCCGUUUGAGAUCGGCCUGGGUUACUACGCCGGCCAGUGGAGCCAGAAGUACCAGCCGAUGAGCGUGUGGUCCUGGGCCUUUAUCGGCCGCCUCUUCGCAGCCGUCUUUGCGCAGUUCACAGUCAUGAUCUUCCCUGCCGGCGACACCACGACGUGGUAUCUCCUGCUCGUCAUCGUCGAGCACGUCUUCAGCACCUUCAUGAACACGGUCAUGUUUGUCGCCAUCUCGGCUUUCCACGCCAAGAUCUCAGACCCCGUCAUCGGCGGCACGUACAUGACGCUGCUCGCUACCGUCUCCAACCUCGGCGGCACAUUCCCCCGCAUCUUCGUCCUCAAAUUCGUCGACUGGUUCACCGUCGCGACGUGCCACCCGCCCACCGUCAACCCGUCAGACAUGAAGUCUGUCGACGUCAUCGACGCGCCCUUUUCCUGUGUUGCGGAGCCGGACAAGGCUCGCUGCAAGGCUGGGGGUGGCGCCUGCACCAUCUCGACGGACGGGUAUUAUAUUGUUAAUAUCUUGUGUGUCGUUAUUGGCGCGCUGACGUUUGUGGCGUUUAUUCGCCCGACUGUACUGAAGCUGCAGGCGCUGCCGUUGAAGGCUUGGAGGUUGGCGGGUGGGAGGUGA